AAACGCAUUUCACAACACUGUCGACAUUUACGCAGAAAAUAGAAACUGGCAAAAUAACAACAAAUUAAUUAAUGCAAAUGCAAUGUUUUGCUUGUAAUGGCAAAUACCUCCAGCUCCGAUGAAAGUGAAAGCUCCAAGGCACCAGAGAAUUUUCAAAUCUCCAGCACCUCAACCAAUGGCGAUGAUGACGAUGACGAUGUAUCUACAAAAAAUAAGAAUGCGAAUUUCAACGUAAAGACAAAGGCGACGGGGAUAACAACAACAGCAGCAGCAUCAGCUGCAGCAGCAACAACAACAACAGCCACAACUACCAGAUGUCCAUUAUGCUGCAAGCAUCAGCGUCGCUAUCAUUGUAGAAAUUGUGUUAAAAAUGGUAACAUUACACAUAGUACUUGCGAUAAAGUCGAAAGCUUGUCCGAGAAGCAGCAAAAAUAUAUAACUAUACAGGCUGGACUAAAGGCUGUCAGUAGCAAAUAUGAGCGCCUUAUCCAGCAACAUAAAUCGAAUGAAAAUCGCAUUAUGGCCAUCAAGGCUAAGCGUAAGCAGCUGGAGCUACUCCAACAGCUGAUUGCAAACAAAGGUAAACGUUUGGUGGCUUUAGGCGAACAGCGGGAUGAACUACGUCGAGCCAAUGCUGAGAAGCGUAAAAAUCUGCCCAAAUAUCCGAAUAAGGUGAAGCAUCUGGAGGACUAUGUACUCGAUCGGAUAGAGAAAAUCGAACAGCUGAGGGAGACGCAUCUGGGUCUCAUCGACAAUAUCAAGCAGGCGUCACGUCGAGACAUUCAGCAAUUGGUUACGUAUAUUUUCCCCAUAACGGAGGUGGUGCUUCGUGAUGAACAGCAUCGCAAGAUGAGCAACGAACGCAGCGAGGAGGCUGAGACAAUUGCCGCUCUGGCCGAAGCUAAAAACACAUCCUACAUACGGGGCAAAUGGGUGUUCCAUGGCAGCGGCAUUAGCGAAGUGCAAUAUCGUAUUGUGGGUCCAUCAUUACCCGCAAACGGGGACUAUACGGCUUACCUAGACUGGUUGGCGGACAAUAAAGAUGAUGUGCCCAAGACAACAGCCAAUGAGAUUACACCAAGUCGUUUUGAGGCAUAUCGGAUUGUGGGCGCCCUCACAUAUACAGCCCAAUUGACGCAAAUUCUUAGCUUCUACUUAAACGUACGGUUACCGCAAAAGAUUGCCUACGGUGACUUUUGUCGCAAACUUCUCAAUGAAGAGCAGUUCCUGCGAAAAGUAUCACGCGUCAAUAACAAUAUUAUGUAUCUGGCCUACACCCAGCAAGUGAAACUGCGUGAUCUGAAUGAGCAACACACGUUGGAGAACAUACUGGCCAUACUUGAUCUCGAGCGCAGUGAUUUGGGUCGAUAUGGCCAUUUAGAUGUAAAUAAUGCGCCCCUAAUGAGAUCUGUGGACUCUCUUCUAAUUGGCAUAGAAACGGCUACGGAAUCGGAAUCUGAAGAUGAGAACUCCUUGCGCCUGGACUGGGAGGCAGUUCCCAGCUUGACACCGCAGCCCGAGUUAGCUGAGCCAAAUCUAAUGCCUGCUGUGGCCCAGCAAUCAACUAUUGCCAUGGUUCGCAUGGCAGCUACAUCCGUAUUGCGUUGGAUCAAGUGAAUUAAUCAAUCAUUUUCUCAUCCACCCACCCAACAUCCCCCCAAAACAAAAACAGAAAAAAAAACCCCUGAAAUAUCUGGAGCACGUAUGUUAUCAUUUUACAAAUUAGGCUAAGUUCAUCAUUGUAUGACAUCGUGAACCGAGUUCCUGGGGAACGACGGCGGAUAAGCCUUUUCAUUUGAUAUCGCCGAUGAGUAUAUAUACUUAUAUAUAUAUAUAUCUAUCUAACUAUAUCUAUGUGUAUAUGAGGGUCUCUUCUUAAGCAAAACAUAAUUAACUAAAUUGACGUUUCCACUAAAAAAACAAACAAUAAUGCGCUGUUUUAUUUCUGUUUUUGUGAAAAACGUUUCCCAAAUGAAUUCUAUAUAGGUCUGAUAUGCACUGAAGUUUUGAAUUAAUGGUUUAUCUUCCAUUUUCAUUCGAUUUCGCCAUAUAGCGUCCAGCUAAAAAUAUAGCUUAGAUUACUUGUUCAGUCAAUUAUCGACCCACGUACAUAUAUAAAUGAAUAAUGUACCUAAAUCUGCUGAUUUAGUUUUCACUGAAACCAAAAGUACGCUGCUUAUUUUUUUUUCCACAAUGAAUUU